AUGGUCAGUGAUGCUUUCAUACUCGUCGAUAUGCUGUAUAAAAUCAUAGCUUCUUUUGUUUCCUACGUUGACAGUGCUGCUGCUGUACUCGAGCUGGAAGAAAAAAACAAUGGGAAAAUUUCUGAGUUGGAGUUCAUAUCCCAUGUGUACCGCCUUGACGAUCCAAAAACUGUGAAAUUAAAGGAAGAUAUUGAAAAGGCAUUGGCUUCACAACCUACAGAACCAGAGGAUGAGGAGAUGGCAGAUCCUCCACCAUCACCGAAUACUCUCAAAAUGAAUCAGCGAAGGAAGGCCUUGAGUUUAAUAAUACAAGUGAGGCCUCCGAAAAAGGGAAAAGCUAUCCUUUUCCCUCGAAAUUCGGUGACAGAGGUUCUUGGAGCCUAUGAGGCAGCCAAGUUUGCCAGCACCCAGCCCAAACAGAAUUCUACUCCACAAUUGUCUAAUGAUUCAGUGGAUCUCGUCGUGAGGGUUUCAGCAGAGGUUCAUCGAAUGGUUCGUUCUUUAGAGAUGAGCGAGGUCCCACGUAGCUUUUUAAAUGAGCAGAUGCAUCGCCUAGCUGAUGAGGCCUUUCCAGAUCAUGAUGAUCCGAUGCAGCAAGAAUUGUGGAGUCAGUAUAUGCGCUUGGCAACAGCUUUUGUUGUGGAUGCCCUCAAAAUGAAUGAUAAGGUCAUUUUAGAGGUAAUAUUUUUUUCGCCCUCUGUCUCUCUUACCCUCUUUUUUAUUCCAGUAUCAUCUGCUACCAAUUUUUAUUCCAGUCUACUAGAUGCUGAUUGUUUGUUGCGCCACUUGGAGAGCCCUUUUACUAAAUUAGAAACAAGAAUAUAG